GAAAGAUGAGCGCUCGGCGGCGCGGUGCAUCCGGCGACAAGAAAGGUCGGCGGAGCCGUGGGCCGACCCCACCUGCGCCGAAGCCUGAGACUCCCCUGCCAACCUCCACCCCUGAAGAAGCCACUGAAGAUGUUCCUCCAGAACCAGUGGAAGAGAAGGAGGAGAGUGAGGAAGAGGUGAUUAAUCUCUGCAGCCCAGAAGAACAGGAGAUAGAUUUGAAACCCUUAAUCCGCGACCGUCUGGCCCUAUCUGGCCUCAAGGAUGAGAUGUGGACAGAAGAGCAUGAGGCCACCAUGGAUGCGUUUCUGACAGACCCGACUAAGCAGAUGCUUGUGUUUUACAUUGAUGAAUUUGCUGGAUUGAAAGCAGAGUUCAUCAUGCCGCCCCAGGAACCAGAUCAGAUUACUUAUUUUAUCCGCCAAGAGAACGCAGAGAUCAUGGAAGAGAGUUUCCCCGAGGUCGUGCAAGUGGGGACGGUCCGGAAGCCCUAUAUUGACUCCUUGUGGCGCCUUUUCAAUGCAGUCUACCUCCCCCGGCUCUUCCGCAAAUCAACUUGGCCCGAGAGCAUCAAGAAUGAAUUUUUCUCAGAAGUCUACCACUUCAUGACUUCGCUCACAGAUACCCGUUCCAGAAUGCGGGGCCGCACGGUCCUCUAUGUCCCAAUAGAGGCCAUGAUGAUAAAGACGGAAGUGGCCUUGAAGGACAAAGCCCUGGUCCAGCGGCUGGAGACCUCAAUGAUUCACUGGACUCGCCAGAUCAAGGAAGUGUUGAGGGCCCAAGAAGCCGUGGAGAGCAGGGAGAGCUCGGGCCCGCUGGAGGAGAUUGAGUUCUGGAGGAACCGCUGCACCGAUCUCUCCGAAAUCAGCAAGCAGCUCUACCAAGAAGGGGUGAAGCACAUUGAAUCCAUUUUGAGUCUGACCAAGUCUUCCUACGUGGCCCCGUUCCAGCGACUUGCCAAACAAAUACAGGAUGGUUCAGAGCAAGCCAUGUCCAACCUCCAGUUCCUCUCCAUCCUGAAAGAACCGUUCCAAGAGCUUGCUACGCUGAGGCCCAAAGAUAUCCCCGAGAAGCUGCCUCACCUCAUCAGCCUCGUCCGUAUCGUGUGGGUCAACUCUCCGUACUAUAACAGCCGGGAAAAAGUCACAGCUCUUUUCCGAAAGAUGAGCAACAAAAUAAUCCAGAUGUGCUGCAAGGACAUCUCCCUGGACCGGUUGUUUGAGGGUUAUAUCAACUCCGCCCGGCAGACGCUUCACGGAUGUAUCUCCUGCAUGUCAUCAUGGAAAGAUAGCUACCAGCAUGCAGCCUACAUGCACAACAAGCUUUCGGGGAGGGGCUGGGUCCUGGAUCAGACCACUAUCUUUGCCCAAGUCGAUGCCUUUGUCCAACGCUGUAAGGACCUCCUGGAGGUCUGUGACAGCCAGCAACACUUUGCCCGCUGGGAAGAUGGCAAGCAGACUCCCCUGCCUUGCUUCUCUGGCCAGCGGGGCCCCCAGAUGACCAGGAGCCUGCUUGAGACAGAGGAGACCUUCAAUAAGUUCCUGAACAACCUCCGGAACGUCAAAGGGGGAAUCCUGGAUGUGAAGAACACCUCUUGGCAUGAGGACUUCAACCGCUUCCGUGCUGGUGUCAAAGACUUGGAGGUGAUGACCCAGAACCUGAUGGCUUCAGCUUUCGAGACAGUGCAAAAUGCUGAGCGUGGGGUGGAGAUCCAGGACAUCUUCCAGCAUUUGUCUGCACGAGAGGCCAUCAAACGCACCUUUGAUAAGAAAACAGUGGACAUCUACAUGCUGUUUAAUGGCGAGCUCGCUCUGGUCAACAAAGAACUGGGGAAAAAGAUCCCAUUCCUCCCACCACACAUGUGCUUUUACUCAGGCCGGGCCCAUUGGAUGCGAGCUUUGCGGCGACGUAUUGACAGACCCAUGCAGAGCCUUUCCACUGCCCACUUCAUCCCCCACAUUGGGGCUGGAGAAGAAAGCUACCAGAACUAUCAACAGCUUGUGCAGGCCCUGGAUGAGAUUGAGAGGAAGACCUUCCAGGAAUGGACCCAGACCUUGGACAAGGACUGCCUGAAGCGCCUGGACACCCCUCUCCUGAUCCUUAGCAGCGAGAAGCCUGGCAUGCUGGACAUCAAUUUUGACAAGCACUUGCUGAAAUUAUUUGUGGAAAUCCACUACUGGGAGAGAGUGCUGUUUGAGAUCCCGCACUACGUGGUUGAGGUCUAUGAACGGAGAGAGGACCUGCGUAACCUCAGGGAGAACCUGCUGCUGGUGGCUCGAGAUUACAACAGGAUCAUCAGCAUGCUGUCUGCAGAGGAGAGGGGGCUCUUCCGGGAGCGCAUCCGCUAUCUAGACAGAAAAAUCCAGCCUGGCCUAAAGAAACUCCACUGGUCCCUCAAAGGGGCGAGCACGGUCUUCAUUUCCGAGUGCCGGUUGUAUGCUAGCAAGGUGCAAACCAUUGUGAAUGAAUACAAGGCAGCCACCUUGACCAUUGCUCGCAAGGCCCAACAGAUGAGUGAAGCUUUGCUGGUGCGGAUCACUGGCAAGAGGAUCUACAAUGAUUUGGAGUUUGAGGAGGACCAGAAGGACCACCGUGAUUCUGUGCAGAAUAAGCUGGUCGAGUUACAUGAAGACUGCAUCGCUAUCAUGCGGCAGACGUACGAAGUCUUCAAGAAUGAUGGGCCAGAGGUCCAACAACACUGGUUUAAUUAUACAGUCAAGAUGGACAAAAUGAUGGAGGAGGCCCUGCGACUGAACGUCAAGUGGUCCCUUUUGGAGCUCUCCAAAGCCAUCAACGGGGAUGGCAAGGCAAGCCCCAACCCGCUCUUCAGGGUGAAGGUGAUUCUGCAGGACAACUAUCCUCAGACCCCUCAGGUGGAGUUUUCUCCAACACUGGCCCAGCUGGCCAGCAUGGUCAAUGACAUCAGCAUCCACCUGAUCACCAGCAUCUCUGUCUUCCGCCAUCUCCCAGAGAUCCUCGCCGUCAGGCGCAAAUAUAAUCGUGACCCCUUCUCGACUCUCGUAGAGCGGGAUGAAGACAUCAAGAAAAUCCAGACGCAGAUCAGCGGUGGCAUGCAGGCCAAUGCGGCCCUCCUCCAGGGCUACCUGAAGACCUGGGAUGUCUACCGUGAGAUCUGGGAAGUCAACAAAGACGCCUUCAUCAACCGCUACCGGCACCUCAACCCACUGGUGUCUUCCUUUGAUGCUGACACGGCUCGAUACAUGGAAGUAGCCAACAAUGCGCAGAAGGAGGAGACGAUGCUGAGCAUCCAGUUUGUGCUCCUGGACUGCUCCCACCUGAAGGCUGCGGUGGUCCAGCAUUGCAACGAGUGGCAGAACAAGCUCACCAACCUGCUGAAUGAGAUGGCCACCACCCGCCUGCGGGACCUCACCAACUACUUGAAGGACAAUGCAGCUGAUGUCAGCCGCCCACCGCAGACCCUGGAGGAGCUCAGCCGAAGCCUCCAGCUCCACGAAACCCUUACGAACGAUCUGCCUAAGAUCGAGGCGCAGAUCCCGCCCAUCCACGAGCAGUUUGCCAUCCUUGAAAAGUAUGAGGUGGCCGUGGAGGAAGAGGUCCAGCAGCUGUUGGGAGAUCUCAACUCAGAAUGGCUGGCCUUCCAGCAGUGCAUCCUGGACAGCGAAGCCAUGCUCAAGAAGCACAAGGAGAAGUUCAAGACAGGACUCAUCCAUUGCGCAGAUGACUUUAAAAAGAAAGCCCAGAAUCUCCUUCAAGAAUUCACCUUCAAUGGUCCUUUCUCCAGUGCUAUUUCUGCUGAUGAUGCCUUAGAGCAAAUUGCAGCCAUGAGGCAAUUGCUGGCCAAGAUGAAGGAGGAAGAGAACACCCUUCGUUCUAACCUAGGCAUCUUCAAGAUUGACCAGCCAGCCUCCAAAGAUCUUCAAAAGUUGGAGAGGGAGCUGGACUACAUCCAGCAAGUUUGGGAGAUUACAAAGGAGUGGGAGGACCACUGGAACGAGUGGAAGAUCGUCAGCUUCAAGACCCUGCAGACAGAAGUGAUGGAGAACGUGGCCUUUGGACUCUUCCGGAAGCUGAAUAAGCUGAGCAAGGAGCUGAAGGAUCGCAACUGGGAAAUAAUUGAUCAUUCCAAGGCGAAGCUCGAGCAAUUUAAGAGGACAAUGCCUUUGAUCACUGACCUCAGGAACCCAGCCUUAAGGGAGAGACACUGGGAUCAGGUGAAGGACCUGGUCCUCCGGACAUUUGAUCAGGAUGCUGAGGAUUUCCGGCUGGAAAAUAUCAUUGAGCUCGGUCUGGAUAAACAUGCGGCAAAGAUUAAUGAGAUCUCUGCCUCAGCCACUAAGGAGCUGGCAAUCGAGCAGGCGCUCAAAAACAUUGCAAAGACCUGGGAAACAACCUCUUUGGACAUUGCGCCUUACAAGGACAAGGGGCACCACCGAAUCCGAGGCACAGAAGACGUUUUCCAGGCGCUGGAAGAUAACCAGGUGGCCCUGUCCACGAUGAAGGCCUCACGCUUUGUGAAGCCCUUUGAGAAGGACGUGGACCGUUGGGAGCGCUGCCUCUCGCUCAUCCUGGAAGUGAUUGAGAUGCUACUCGUUGUGCAGCGGCAAUGGAUGUACAUGGAGAAUAUCUUUUUGGGUGAAGACAUCCGCAAGCAGUUGCCUAGUGAGUCGUCUAGCUUUGACCAAAUCAACAGCAGCUGGAAGACCAUCAUGGACCGCUUCGUCAAGGACAACAAUGCUCUGCGAGCCACCCAUUUCCCAGGACUACUGGACAAACUGGUGGAAAUGAACGCUUCCCUGGAAGACAUCCAGAAGUCUCUUGACAUGUACCUGGAGACCAAGCGCCACAUCUUCCCUCGCUUCUACUUCCUGUCCAAUGAUGACCUUCUGGAAAUCCUGGGACAGUCGCGCAAUCCAGAAGCUGUCCAGCCCCACCUCAAGAAGUGCUUCGACAACAUCAAGUGUCUCAAGAUGCAGAAAAUUGGGAACACAAACAAAUUUGAAGCUUUGGGCAUGUUCUCUUUGGAUGGUGAAUAUAUCGAUUUCACUCACUCGGUGCUCCUGGAAGGACCUGUGGAGGAUUGGCUGUGUGAUGUGGAGCGGGCCAUGCGCUGGACCUUGAGGGAGGUGCUGCGGAACUGUCGCCUCGCUUUGAAGAAGAUGCUGACCAAGAGGGACAAAUGGGUGAAGGAGUGGCCAGGACAGAUGGUGAUCACUGCUAGCCAGAUACAGUGGACGACUGACGUUAGCAAGUGCCUGGCCACCUGCAAGGACCGUGGGGACAGGAAAUACCUCAAAGGCAUGAAGAAGAAACAGGUCUCCAUGUUAAACAAAUAUUCCGAAGCCAUCCGAGGCAAUCUGACCAAAAUCAUGCGCCUGAAGAUCGUGGCCUUGGUGACGGUGGAGGUCCACGCCCGGGACGUCAUCGAGAGGCUCUACAAGAGCGGCUUGAUUGACGUGACGUCCUUCGAGUGGUUGAGCCAGCUUCGCCUCUAUUGGGAGAAGGAGCUAGACGACUGUGUCAUCCGCCAGACCAACACCCAGUUUGCCUACGGCUAUGAAUACCUGGGGAACUCUGGGCGGCUGGUCAUCACCCCACUUACGGACAGAUGCUACAUGACGCUGACCACAGCCCUCCAUCUCCAUCGAGGAGGGUCCCCCAAAGGUCCCGCAGGCACUGGCAAGACAGAGACCGUGAAGGACCUGGGCAAAGCCCUGGGCAUGUAUGUGAUUGUGGUGAAUUGCUCUGAAGGCCUGGACUAUAAGUCGAUGGGGCGCAUGUACUCUGGCCUUGCACAGACGGGAGCCUGGGGUUGCUUCGAUGAGUUCAAUCGCAUCAACAUUGAGGUGCUGUCUGUCGUGGCCCAACAGAUCCUUUCCAUCCUCUCAGCUUUAGCUGCCAAUAUGACCCGCUUCACCUUUGAAGGCCACGAGAUAAACCUGGUGUGGUCUUGUGGCAUCUUUAUCACCAUGAACCCAGGUUACGCUGGGCGCACAGAGCUGCCCGACAACUUGAAAUCCAUGUUCCGUCCCAUCUCCAUGGUGGUGCCCGACUCCACCCUCAUUGCUGAAAUCAUCCUUUUUGGAGAAGGCUUCAAUAACUGCAAGAUCCUGGCCAAGAAAGUCUACACCUUGUAUUCACUGGCUGUGCAGCAGCUCUCUAAGCAGGACCACUAUGACUUUGGCCUUCGAGCGCUGACCUCUCUGCUCCGUUAUGCUGGGAAGAAGCGCCGGGUGCGGCCUGACCUUGCUGAUGAGGAGGUUCUCCUUAUGGCCAUGAAGGACAUGAACAUUGCCAAGCUAACCUCCGGUGACGUGCCCCUCUUCAACGCUAUCAUCCAGGACCUCUUUCCAGGCAUUGAGUGCCCAGUCAUUGACUAUGGAAAGGUUAAGGAAAUGCUUGAGGUGGAGUUGAGGGAAAUGGGGCUCCAGGUGAUCCCCUUCACCAUCACCAAAGUGAUCCAGUUGUUUGAGACCAAGAACUCCCGCCACUCCUCCAUGAUCGUGGGCAACACGGGCAGCGGCAAGACCGUCACCUGGCGGGCCCUGCAGAAUACCCUCUGCAGCCUGCACAAGAGCGGAGACCCCACCGCCAACUUGGUCCGGGAGUUCGCCUUGAACCCAAAGGCAGUCUCCCUGGGUGAGCUGUACGGAGAGUACAACCUCAGCACCAACGAGUGGACAGACGGCAUUCUGUCCAGUGUGAUGCGAAUGGCGUGUGCAGAUGAGAAACCUGAUGAGAAGUGGAUCCUUUUCGACGGUCCUGUUGACACGUUGUGGAUUGAGAGUAUGAACUCGGUCAUGGACGAUAACAAAGUGCUGACCCUGAUCAAUGGCGAGAGGAUCGCCAUGCCCGAGCAGGUGUCCCUGUUGUUUGAGGUGGAAAACCUUGCAGUCGCCUCACCUGCCACGGUCUCCCGGUGUGGAAUGGUGUACACGGAUUACAGUGACUUGGGGUGGAAGCCAUAUGUCCUUUCCUGGAUCGAAAAGCGCCCAAAGGCAGAAACAGAAACCCUGCAGCGCAUGUUUGACAAAUUCACCAACAAGAUCCUGACCUUCAAGAAGGACAACUGCCAGGAGCUGGUCCCCAUCUCCGAAUACAGCGGCAUCGUGGCUCUCUGCAAGCUCUUCUCGUCUUUGGCUUCCUUAGAUGAAGCGCUGAAUCCAGCAGACAGUGAGAACUACACCACAGUGGUGGAGAUGUAUUUCAUCUUCAGCAUGAUAUGGUCCCUUUGUGCCGCCGUGGAUGAGGAGGGGCGGAAGAAGAUCGACAUUUUCCUGCGAGAGAUAGAAGGCUCCUUUCCAAACAAGGACACCGUUUAUGAAUAUUAUGUUGACCCCAAGCGGAAGCAGUGGUCUUCCUUUGAAGAUAAGCUCCCCAAGAUGUGGCGAUACCCAGCCAACGCCCCCUUCUACAAGAUUAUUGUCCCAACCGUGGACACCAUGCGUUACAACUACCUCGUCAACGCCCUCAUUUCCAACCAGAAUCCAGUGUUGGUGGUUGGCCCAGUGGGCACCGGGAAGACCUCCAUUGCACAAGGUGUUCUCCAGUCCCUUGACAGCAUCAAGUGGGCCGUGCUGGUCAUCAACAUGUCUGCACAGACAACCUCAAACAAUGUCCAGAGCAUCAUUGAAAGCCGUGUCGAGAAACGGACCAAGGGGGUCUACGUGCCCAUGGGCGGGAAGAGCAUGAUCACCUUCAUGGAUGAUCUCAACAUGCCGGCCAAGGACCAGUUUGGCUCCCAGCCUCCCCUGGAGCUGAUCCGUCUUUGGCUGGACUAUGGCUUCUGGUACGACCGGACCAAGCAGACCGUCAAAUACGUCAAGGACAUGUUCCUGAUGGCUGCCAUGGGGCCUCCCGGAGGAGGGCGCACGGUGAUCUCCAGCCGACUUCAGAGCCGCUUCAACCUCAUCAACAUGACCUUCCCCACUGAUUCACAAAUCCGGCGCAUCUUUGGCACCAUGAUCAAUCAGAAGCUGCAGAAUUUUGACGAGGCGGUGAAACCCAUCGGCAACGUCAUCACCGAGGCCACGAUGGAGCUCUACAACAGCGUUGUCCAGAAGUUCUUGCCAACCCCGGCCAAGAUCCACUACCUCUUCAACCUGCGUGACAUUUCCAAGGUGUUUCAAGGCAUGCUUCGGGCCCACAAGGACUUCCAUGAUACCAAGCCCAGCUUGACACGCCUAUGGAUUCAUGAGUGCUUCAGGGUUUUCUCUGACCGCCUGGUGGAUGCUUCAGACAUGGAGACCUUUGUGGUCCUCCUGAGCGAGAAGUUGGGAUCGUUCUUUGACCUGACCUUGCACAAUCUCUGCCCCAACAAGCGCUCCCCCAUCUUUGGGGACUUCAUGCGCAAUGUGUACGAAGACCUGUCAGACAUGAACAUCCUGAAGGCAGAGAUGGAGCGUGCGCUGGAGGAGUACAACCGAACGCCAGGGAUGGUGCCCAUGAGACUGGUGCUUUUCCGUGAUGCCAUUGAGCACAUAACUCGCAUUGUCCGGGUGAUCAGUCAGCCCCGAGGGAACAUGCUGCUGGUAGGCAUUGGAGGCAGUGGCCGCCAGAGCUUGGCACGCCUGGCCUCCUCCAUUUGCGAGUACUACACCUUCCAGAUCGAGAUCUCCCGGCAGUACCGGAAACAAGAGUUCCGGGAAGAUAUCAAGAAGCUCUACCGCCAGACAGGCAUAGACCAAAAGCCCACCACCUUCCUCUUUGUGGACACCCAGAUUGCAGAUGAAUGCUUCCUGGAGGACAUCAACAAUAUCCUCAGCUCUGGGGAGGUGCCCAACCUUUACAAGCCAGAUGAAUUUGAGGAGAUCCAAAACAAUAUCAUUGAUGGGGCUCGGGCGGAGGGCAUCCAGGAGAGCCUCGACAGCCUCUUUGCCUACCUGAUUGAACGGGUGCGGAAUAACCUGCAUGUGGUGCUGUGCCUGAGCCCCGUUGGGGAUCCUUUCAGGAACUGGAUCCGCCAGUACCCUGCCCUGGUGAACUGUACCACCAUAGACUGGUUCUCUGAAUGGCCCAAGGAAGCUCUGCUGGAGGUGGCAGAGAAGUACCUGGAGGGCGUGGACCUAGGAACGGUGGAACGGGGGAGCCUGGAUACGAUCCAUAAGCGGGUGGCUAGAAUCUUUGUCACCAUGCACUGGUCCGUGGCCCGGUUCUCGCAGAAGAUGAUGCUGGAGAUCAGGCGCCAUAAUUACGUCACCCCCACCAACUACCUGGAGCUGGUCUCUGGCUACAAGAAGCUCCUGGCGGAGAAGCGGAAAGAGCUCUGGGAUCAAAUCAACAAGCUGCACAACGGACUCUUCAAAAUCGACGAGACACGCGAGAAAGUGGAGGUGAUGACGCUGGAGCUGGAGGAGGCCCGGAGGAAGGUUGCAGAAUUUCAGAAGCAGUGCGAGGAGUACCUGGUGGUCAUCGUCCAACAGAAGAGAGAAGCUGACGAGCAGCAGAAGACAGUGACGGCGAACAGUGAGAAGAUUGCUGUUGAAGAGGUCAAGUGCAAAACGUUGGCCGACAAUGCCCAGAAGGACUUGGAGGAGGCCCUGCCAGCUUUGGAGGAGGCCAUGAAGGCCUUGGAAUCCCUCAACAAGAAGGAUCUGACUGAGAUCAAGUCCUACGGCCGCCCUCCCACCCUGGUGGAGACUGUCAUGCAGGCCGUCAUGAUCUUGCGAGGCAGUGAGCCCACCUGGGCAGAAGCAAAGAAGCAACUGGGUGAACCCAACUUCAUUAAGCAACUCGUCUACUUUGACAAGGAUAACAUCUCUGAUAAAGUGCUCAAGAAGAUCAGCGCCUACUGCUCACAGCCGGACUUCCAGCCGGACAUCAUUGGGCGGGUUUCUUUGGCUGCCAAAUCCUUGUGCAUGUGGGUGCGAGCCAUGGAGAUGUAUGGCCGAAUUUACCGAGUGGUCGAGCCCAAGCGUAUUCGGAUGAAUGCUGCCCUUGCCCAGCUGGAAGAGAAGCAAGCUGCUCAGAGAGAGGCCCAGGAGAGACUUCGAGAGGUGGCCGAGAAACUGGAGAUGCUCAAGAAAGAGUAUGAGGAGAAGCUGGCUCAGAAGGAGGAGCUGCGGAAGAAAUCAGAAGAGAUGGAGAUCAAGCUGGACCGGGCAGACAAGCUGGUGUCAGGCCUGGCCGGAGAAAGAGUCCGGUGGGAAGAAACAGUCAAGGGCUUUGAGGAAGACUUGGGCUACCUGGUGGGUGACUGCCUGGUGGCAGCAGCGUUUCUGUCCUACAUGGGUCCUUUUCUGUCCAAUUACCGGGAAGAACUUGUUUCUCACAUCUGGAUCCAUCAGAUCCGAGAGCUUCAGGUGCCCUGCUCCCCCCACUUUACGUGUGACAGCUUCCUCAGCAACCCAACAAUUGUGCGCACUUGGAACAUCCAAGGGCUGCCAUCAGAUAACUUCUCCACAGAGAACGGGAUCAUUGUCACAAGAGGCAAUCGGUGGCCUCUGAUGAUUGACCCCCAGUGCCAGGCCACAAAAUGGAUCAAGAACAUGGAAGCAAAGAAAGGCCUCAAGAUCAUUGACUUACAAAUGCCUGAUUACCUGCGUAUCCUGGAGAUAGCCAUCCAGCACGGGGCUCCAGUGCUGCUGCAGAACGUGCAGGAGGAACUUGACCCCACACUGGCCCCUAUCCUCAACAAAUCUGUCACUAGAGUGGGUGGGCGCCUGCUGAUAAGGCUCGGGGACAAGGAAGUGGAAUACCACCCUGAAUUCCGUUUCUACCUGACCACCAAACUGUCUAACCCUCACUACACUCCAGAAACCUCUUCCCAGACCACUAUUGUCAACUUUGCUGUCAAAGAACAGGGUCUGGAGGCUCAACUUCUGGGCAUCGUGGUGCGAAGGGAGAGGCCCGAACUGGAAGAACAGAAGGACCACCUGGUGCUCAACAUUGCAGCUGGAAAAAGGAAGCUGAAGGAGCUGGAGGAUGAGAUCCUGAAGCUGCUGAAUGAAGCCACGGGCUCCCUCUUGGAUGACGUGCAGCUGGUGAACACACUGCAGACCUCCAAGCUCACUGCCACUGAGGUCACAGAGCAACUGGAGAUCAGCGAGAUGACAGAGAUUAAAAUCGACACUGCCCGGGAGGGCUAUCGAGCGUGUGCUCAGAGGGCAUCCAUCCUCUUCUUCGUCCUCAACGACAUGGGCAGGAUUGACCCCAUGUACCAGUUCUCUCUAGAUGCCUACAUUGACCUGUUCAACCUCAGCAUCACCAAAAGCCACCGGAGUUCCAAGCUGGAUGAGAGAAUCCGCUUCCUCAAUGAGUAUCACACCUAUGCCGUCUAUAGGUACACCUGUCGGGGCCUCUUUGAACGGCACAAACUGCUCUUCAGCUUCCAGAUGUGUGCCAAAAUCCUAGAAGUCUCUGGCAACCUCAAGAUGGAUGAAUACAACUUCUUCCUGCGCGGAGGAGUGGUUCUGGACAGGGAAGGGCAGAUGGACAACCCCUGCACGAGCUGGUUGGCCGACACCUACUGGGACAACAUCACUGAGCUGGACAAGCUCACUAACUUCCAUGGCAUCAUGAACUCUUUUGAGCAGUACCCCCGGGACUGGAACCUUUGGUACACCAGCUCCAAGCCAGAGAAAGCCAUGCUCCCAGGUGAAUGGGAGAAUUCCUGCAACCAGAUGCAGCGGAUGCUGGUUGUCCGGUCCUUGCGUCCCGACCGUGUGUCCUUCUGCGUUACAGCCUUCAUUGUCUCCAACCUGGGCUCCCAGUUCAUUGAACCACCUGUCCUCAACAUGAGAUCGGUGGUGGAGGACUCCACAACCAAGACCCCGCUGAUCUUUGUGCUCUCCCCCGGGGUCGACCCCACCUCCUCCCUCCUUCAGCUGGCGGAGCAGUCGGGCAUGUCCCAGCGCUUCCAUGCCCUCUCCCUGGGCCAAGGCCAGGCCCCAAUUGCCACGCGCAUGAUUAAAGAUGGCGUCCAUCAGGGUAACUGGGUCUUCCUGGCCAAUUGCCACCUCUCCCUCUCCUGGAUGCCUCAGCUGGACAAGCUGGUGGACCAGUUGCAAGUUGAGGAGCCGCACCCGUCCUUCCGCCUGUGGCUGAGCUCCAGCCCCCAUCCCGACUUCCCCAUCUCCAUCUUGCAGGCCGGCAUCAAAAUGACAACGGAGCCUCCUUCGGGACUGAAGGCCAACAUGAAGCGCCUCUACCAACUCAUCACGGAGCCCCAGUUCAACCGCUGCACCAAGCCCAGCAAAUACAAGAAGCUGCUCUUUGCCCUCUGCUUCUUCCACAGCAUCCUGCUGGAGCGCAAGAAGUUCCUGCAGCUGGGAUGGAACAUCGUUUACGGUUUCAACGACUCCGACUUCGAGGUGUCAGAGAACCUCCUGAGCCUCUACCUGGAUGAGUACGAGGACACGCCCUGGGAUGCCCUCAAGUACCUGAUUGCAGGUGUCAACUACGGGGGCCACGUGACAGACGACUGGGACCGCCGCCUCUUGACCACUUACAUCAAUGACUACUUCUGCGAGCAAAGCCUCUCCACCCCUUCCUUCAAGCUAUCUUCUCUGGAUACUUACUGCAUCCCCAAAGAUGGCAACCUGGCCUCAUAUAAGGAAUACAUCACUUUACUGCCCGGAAUGGAUGCCCCAGAGGCCUUUGGCCAGCAUCCCAAUGCCGACGUGGCCUCCCAGAUCACCGAGGCCAGGACGCUCUUCGAAACCCUGCUCUCCUUACAACCGCAGACAACACCCGCUGGGGCAGCUGGGCAGAGUCGUGAGGAUAAGGUGCUGGAGCUCUCGGCCGAUGUGCGGAGCAAGAUCCCGGAGGAGAUUGACUACGAGGGGACAUGCAAGGUCCUUUCCACGGACCCGUCCCCACUCAAUGUUGUCCUGCUGCAGGAGAUCCAACGUUACAACUCUUUGCUGCAGGUCAUCAGAUCCUCUCUGCUCGAGCUGGAGAAGGGCAUCCAAGGCCUGGUGGUCAUGUCGACUGACCUGGAGGAGAUCUUCAACUGCAUUUUCGAUGCCCGUGUGCCCCCCAUGUGGGAGAGGGCCUAUCCAUCCCAGAAGCCCUUGGCCGCCUGGACCCGGGACUUGGGCCUUCGCGUGGACCAGUUUACCCGCUGGGCCAACACCGCUCACCCUCCCGUGCUCUUCUGGCUCUCGGGCUUCACCUUUCCUACCGGGUUCCUGACUGCUGUGCUGCAAGCUGCUGCCCGGCUUAACAAUAUCUCAGUCGACACCCUUUCUUGGGAGUUCAUUGUCUCCACGGUGGAUGACAACAACCUGGUGUAUCCCCCCAAGGAAGGGGUCUGGAUCCGGGGCCUCUACCUGCAGGGCGCUGGCUGGGACAAGAAGAACUCUUGCCUGAUGGAGGCGGAGCCCAUGCAGCUGGUCUGCCCCAUCCCCACCAUCCACUUCAAGCCGGUGGAGAACAAGAAGAAGAGUGGCAAAGGGAUGUAUGCCUGCCCUUGCUACUAUUACCCCAACCGGGCUGGCACCGCCGGGAGGCCCUCUUUCGUUAUUGGCAUCGACCUUCGGUCCGGAGCCAUGCCCUCCGACCACUGGAUCAAGCGGGGCACGGCCUUGCUCAUGAGCCUGGACAACUGAAGAUAACAAUUGCCUUUGUCCCUCUCCAGAAAAGAAACUUCUCCUUCUGACUUUUUCCUUGAUUUCUCCUACCUCUUCUCUCUUGUUGUUAUUCUGGGUGAAAUUAAAUAUA